CGAGCAUCCAAUAAGCACUACAACCUCGCAAGACGAAGUAUCAAUGAAGGAUUAAUAAUAAAGCUCCUGCGCCUUUUUUAAGACAUUCAGUCGCAAGUAUAUCUAUACCUCACAUGUUCGUCUCACGAUCAGACUGCUCAGAAGUAUUCGUCCCUUCCUUCAUAAACACUCUUCAUUUCUUCAAUGUCCAUCUCGGCCCCCACUCUUCCACACCCCUAUCUCAUCAAUGGACUAAACCACAUCCCACCACCCCCAGUGUCUUCCUUCGAUUCCCAAUUCUCCUUUGCGGGUCUCCUCCCCGCAGGAACUUCCCUUCCGUCGUCGUGGGGAACAACCCGCUACUAUGAUUUCUCCCCCGCUGCUCCGCCCACCUCCCGCCGCGUCCUGAUCGUCCACGGCGGUGGAACCUGUGCCAUUGGUGUUGCGCCGUUCGCUCGCCUCCUCACCGACGCGGGGAAUCACGUCGUGAUCUAUGAUCUGUGGGGUCAUGGAUUGUCUUCAACUCCGUUGGAAACACAUUCUCCUGCUUUGAUGCAUGCUCAGAUCAUGGAGUUGUUGUUGCACCUGGGAUGGACCAAGGUGAAUCUCAUUGGAUUCAGUCUUGGGGGAGCGAUUGUUGUGUCUUUUUCGGCUAUUCAUCAGAAGACUGUGGAGAGCGUGGUGGGUGUUGCUCCUGCGGGGCUUUGGAGGAAGAGUGAGAGGAGUUGGUGGGAUACUAUUAGUAUGGAUGGCUAUGGGAUGUGGGGAUUGGAAUGGUGGAGGAGGAGUAGAGUUAUGGCUUACAUUAACGGAUCAAAGCCUGUUGUGAAGGACGGAUGGAAAGAGAAGAUGAUCAAGGGAGAGGUGGACACUGUCCCGAUUCAACAAUGGGAGAUUGCCGAGCAUAAGGGGUACGAAGCGAGUCUUACGAGCACUUGGAAUUAUGUUUCUCCGUUUGAUCAGCAUGAGUCUUAUGCGAAGUUGAAUGAGAGUGGAAUUAAAGUUCUGAUUUUGUUGGGCGAGAAGGAUGGGGUCAUUGAGCCGGAGCAAUCGAAAAAAGAGCUGGACAAGAUGGGGUGGAAAGGAGAUGUGGUACUGGUGAAGGACGCUACACAUGAGCUCAUCCGGGUACAGAGAAAGGAAGUCGCUACCCUUUGCUCUGAGUUCUGGGGAAAGCUAUGAAAGCAAAAAGAGAGGAAAGACGCACCUUUAGACCGUGGCCUAGUAUCCGUCACAAUAUCAACUAUUUCGACGGUUCGUAUAUGCUUGAGAUGGACGAGCUACUUUGAGAGCAAUUGCGAUUAUCCCUGCCUUACAUCCUGAGAUUAUUCUGUUAUUCGAAAGAUAUCCCUCAAUAUAUUACAACACACCUUCGUACCCUGGGGUUGACCUUCAACAAAUGAUUUUCAGGCAUCACCCUAUCCAGAAUCAAUUGACUUUUAUGUAUACAUGAGUCGACUCAGCCGCCUCCAUACCCUCGUGAUCCACCCUGGUGAGAUUUGAGGCUGAACAAAGAUAUAUUCUGGAGCGCAACUUUGCAUGAGACUUAACGAGUUCCCUCUGAAAACGAACAAGAAGGUGGUUCACUACCCACUUAGGUAGGUAUAGGAAGCCAGGAGCUCAAGCAAGUGCUUCA